AUGGAUUGUACAAACAAAAACUCGUCAAAAGAACAAAUCUCGUAUAGAAAUCAUCAAGUUGAAGAACAAGCGGGAGUAAGAAGUACUACCUCUGUUACUAGUAGUAAGGGAACAGUGAGAAGGUUUCUAGGUGUAAGACAAAGACCAUCAGGAAUAUGGGUUGCUGAAAUCAAAGACUCUUCACAAAAACUAAGACUUUGGUUAGGAACUUUUGAUACACCAGAAGAAGCAGCCAUGGCUUAUGACGAUGCUGCUCGCCUUCUUCGUGGAAGGGAUGCAAAAACAAAUUUUCCAUAUAAGGGUAUCAGUACCAAUAAGCAGAACACACAUCAUGAAGAUGAAGGGAAUAUUGGUCGUAGUCAUUUAACUGCCAAAAAUCCAAGGUUUUAUCAACUUCUUCGACGUCCUAUUUUGAAGAACCACGCGAAGUCGUUGUCCACGGGAGAGACCGCCAAGGAAGGUUCUAGGACGGUCGUGUAUGAUGAGAAGAGACCGAACGAAUUCGAUUCUUCGUUUAAAUAUAGCUCCGUCACUGAAGAAACUGUAGCCUGCUCACCUUCUAAUAUUGAUGUUGAUGGAGGAAAAGAUAAUACAUUAUCAGAAAUUAAAGAGACGCAAUCAGAAGCUAAUGAACAAUCUCUUGCAUUUUCUUCCGUGGUUGAUUAA